AUGGACAAAGUCCCGCCUAGAUUGCUUUAUCUCGUCAUCUACAACCCGUCUCUCAGACCGCCUGAAGAUUCCCACCCAGACCAAGACGACGAAGACGCGGAGGAACGCGCUCAUGUCCUCUUCUACACCGCCGACAAUCAUGCCGUGUCUAAAGACAAAGUCUUGCGUCAAGUAGGCCUGGCCAAAGCACUGGCAAACUUCACUACAAUAUUUGGGCCACAGGUUGUCUGUGAUUCGGUGCACUCGCAGACUAGGAAGAUGGUCAUGCUCUCUCCCGAGCCCAACUUCUGGAUAAAUGCCUCGUUUGAACUCGAAAGGGUCCCUCGUAUAUCUCGAAAGGACGAGAAGGGCAAGGGCAAGCAGAAGGAGCCGUCCUACGACCACAACGAGGCUUCUCUUCAUGACGCUGCACUGCAUGCUCAGCUUCUUUUGGGAUAUGAAGCAUUUAAGGUUACCCACGGCACCUUCACGUCGAUCCUCAACGACUUAGGAAGAGAAGGUCUAGAAAUUCAAUUGGAACGUUUCUUUACAGUUUGGGCCUGGAGUUGGGACCUCAGCAAACCGAUUUCUUUCCCGGACUAUCUUGGUAUCCGAAUUCAUCCACUUAGCAACCAAGUAACAUCUCUAGUGGAUAUUCUAGAGGACAAAUUACCACCACACUAUUUUCCUCUCGUACUCAUCUCCUCAUGCAUCGUUACUUCAAAGUCAACACCACUGCGAUGUCCCCCUGCAUUGAUUCGAUAUCUAUUACGGAUCUUAGAAAACCGUUCCGCCCUUCGUCAACAGACCACGACUCCAGGUAAGGACACGAAUGAUGAUUCCUCAUCACAGGCUCCGGAAUUGUCGACAGAGCCUGAAGUGAAUAAUCGUACCCAUUCGCGGACUCCCAGUAAAGCUUUUCUGGGUGUGCCUGGGAUUAACAUGAACGUGAACAUGGAUGUUCGGAAAUGGAACUGGCCAGGCUAUUUGACAUUUGGCAUUAAAGGAUCACCUUCUGGGUCAAAGUCUCAGAAUACUCCUGCCGAAACUGAGGAUGGGAAGACCCAUGGACAGUCGGGUGGUCAGGACCAAAGCUUGGAUAUGUCAGACACAUUGCAAGCUCAGCCAGAGACACCCGUUGAUGCUCAGGCGUUGGAAGAUGCUUUAUCUUCAGAGGCGACCUCUCAGGUUGCUGAAGCUCCUGAAGGAAGCAGUUCGGUAGCAGCUGAGUCACCUCCAGAGGACGUGAAGAAUGCAACUGCACAGAAUGUGGACUCCACAGGCCUUGAACCUUCUAUCAACCAUACUUCAAGUAUCCCCGCUCGAGAUGACGAGCCUCUAGAAGCGAUGCCUGCUGUAAAUGACUCAAUGCCGGACGUGGAUCAGGCCGCUCCUCAGGUUUUCUCUGAGAUCUACCUUCAUCUAUCAGUUUCAAAUCCUUUGGAUACCCAUCGUAGACUUGUUAGAUACCUUUGUAGGGGCAACAUACUGUUAGCAUUGGUUCCUUCACCGGAGAAGGUAGACGAUACUUUGGACGAAGUGACCUGCCAAGACUUGUCUGAGAGGUGUGCAGAACUCAUGGACCGCUUGAAGGAGAUCGUCGAAGUCGAACAGGAGAAGAUUACCAGCGCGUUUUCAUCAUCGCCUGUUCAGAGUGUGCUUCAAAAAUCGCAGCACGUCAUAGCAACGAGCGAUCAGUUGACUUCUACGAGUUCGUCGUUCACUACGACGUCAUGGCAUCUUCAUGAAGGAAGGAAGCUACUGUUACUAGAUUCAGAUUUACACGAAAUUUAUUCUAGGGGACAAAGCCCACAGGAUUGGCAUUUGGCAAAACGCAUGCCUGGGCCAGGUAUACGAGGAGAGGUGUACAUGGAGAUCGGUCGCAAGGAGGCGAGCUUGGUGGAUGUGGAUAGUGAAAUAACUGGAGUAUUACGGAGGUUCACUGAGUGCAACUAGGAAAUAGACGUUCUGUAUUACGGCCCGAGGAUCUAUG